AUGUGGGGAGAGAGUAGCAAAAACUGCGAAAUCAACUGCCAGUGUUCUGGAUUAAUAACAGAAAAUUUCAAAAUAAACUCUGGCAACAGUGGUACAAAGAGAAAACAAGAAGAAGCUCACACAAGCAAUUUCAGAAUUAAAAUGAUACCACAUUCACUAGAUUUCAAUAGAAAGCAGUCCCCACUGAACUCACCUAUCGCUACACCAUCAAAGAGACGAGUUCUGGGAGAAAUCACAAAUUCUCCAUUAUUCAAGCCAAAAGAUUCACCUACAAUUGAAAGAUUGAAGAGUACACCAUUACUAGAUAAAAAGUCACCUCUUAUAGACAGAAAUUCUCUGUCUCCUUUAACGAGUAGAGGAUCGUUAAAAAGAAGCUCUAAAAUUACUAAAAUAUUUGAAGAAAGGUCGAAAUUUAAGAUGUCUAAUAAAGAAAAUGAAUAUAUAAGCGAGACCUUCUUAAAAAUUGAUGUGGAAGAGGACACAAGGGAUUGUUCCUUCGGUGAAACCUUUCCAUCAUGUUCGGCAAAACUUGCCAACUGGUCAAUGGCUAAGUUGGACUUCACUGAUGCGUUACAGUCAACAUCUUUUGAACAAACAAAGAAAAAUAUAGAUUUAUUCGUCCCGGAAAAAGAAGAAAAUUUAGAUACUGAAUUUGAAACGCUACAUGACUUAGAAGAAGAAUUUGAUUCGCACAAUUUUGAUGAAUGCACAAAAUAUGAAAUUAUAUCUACGGACAGUCCUGAUAUUAUAUCCAAUGGCAGACAAACAUCCAGAAAGAUCAAAUCUAAGAAUUUCAUGUUUGGAGCACCGUUAUCUGAAAAUGAAGCUUCAACAUCGUUUAAUAUAAACAAGCAAAAUCCAAUUCGCACUCUCAAUUUUGAAGAUGAAAACUUUGAGUUUACUUCACCUGCAGCUAAAAAGAGUGUAUCCGUUAAGAAAUCGUUGAAAUUCACAGAGACACCGACUGAAAAUGGGUUCAGACAUGAGAAAAGUGAUUCAAGUAUUGGUUCUAUGUCAUUAUCUCCGUCUUCGACAAAAUUGAGGAUUUUUCCUUCUGAGUCGACAACUUCAAUGGAAAGUGGAUUCAUUUCAGAACUGGAAGAACCUUUUCUUGACAUAGAGGAUAUAUCCAACUCACCCAAAAUGGAAAACUUUAAUGAAUUACUAUCGGGACAGAUUAAAGAGAAUUUUGAGCCGUUCUCUCUAAAGAGGCCGUUCCAAAGGAGUUUAAGCUUCAAUCCGAAACCAAAAUUAGAAUUUUCCUUGACAGAAAGUCCAAAAAAAUCAAAUAAACGCCCGGAAAGACAACAUUUUGAUAAUCUAUGUAGUAAAAGAAGGAAGUCUAACUACCAAGGGCUCUUACACGGACCAAAACCAGUACUUCAAAGGGCGUUCUCGGAAAAUAAUGCAUCGAUAAUGUCGGCUUUAGCGAGAUCAGCCGGAGAUCCAGAUUUGAUUGGGGACUUCUCCCAGCCUUUCGCUUUACCACUAACCAAUGGUGACCAUAGAGACCUGAAGUCCAUAUCUUGUGACACACUUGCUGGGUUGCUUCGAGGGGAAUACAGGAAUAAUAUAAGUGAAUUUAAGGUGAUAGACUGCAGAUAUCCGUACGAAUAUGAAGGGGGUCAUAUUCUGGGAGCAAUUAAUAUGUACACUCAGUCGCAGAUACUCUCCCUAAUCAACGAACCUAUCCAGCCCAAGGAGUCUGAUCAAAAACGGUCCAUCCUAGUGUUCCAUUGCGAGUUCUCGCAGGAGAGAGGGCCUAAGUUAUCAAGGUUCCUACGGUCUUCAGACAGAGCGAAACACAAAGAAAGCUAUCCCUCUCUAAACUACCCAGAAGUUUACCUCCUUCAUCAAGGAUAUAGUUCGUUUUACCAAAAAUAUCCCGAUCUGUGCUCUCCCACGGGAUACACCGCCAUGUUGGAUCCCAAAUUCCGGGAUUCCUAUAAAAAACACUACACAAACCAACAAUCAAACAAAUAUAGAAAUAGAUUAUUA